GGUUCCGGGUCGUGGCGCGACUUGGGGCAACAGGGUUGCUGCUCCGCCGCCGGCGGCGAGCAACGGGGGCAUGAGGGCGAGCCAGAAAAACGGCAGUUGAACCGGCGGGGAAGAGCGCCAGUCCCCGAGGAUUCCGAGAGUGCGGAGGCCGGGGCAGGGACCGGGAGGCGCGGGGAAGCCGGGCCCUUCCCUCAGGAGCGUAUCCCGGGGCCGAUCCGACCCGUAGUGUGGCAGCAGCUUCAGUCUGUGCUUGGAACAUUCUCUUCUCACGGCCUUUGCAGUCCUGAGUGCUUCUGGAAUUUGAAGUAUUUCACGAUAAACUUCAUUUGGUGAACUAUGUGGAGGAGGUGAGCACGUGAAACAAUAUGAAGAGGAGAAAAUAGCCUUUUAAGGAAAUUGGCCCACAGAAAGGAUGGCCUUCUUGGACAAUCCAACUAUCAUUCUAGCUCAUAUCCGACAGUCACAUGUGACCAGUGAUGACACAGGAAUGUGUGAAAUGGUUCUCAUUGAUCAUGAUGUUGACCUAGAGAAGAUUCAUCCUCCUUCAAUGCCUGGAGACAGUGGGUCAGAAAUUCAGGGAAGCAAUGGUGAGACUCAGGGCUAUGUAUAUGCCCAGUCAGUCGAUAUUACCUCAAGUUGGGACUUUGGUAUUAGAAGACGCUCAAAUACAGCUCAAAGAUUAGAACGACUCCGAAAAGAGAGACAAAACCAGAUCAAAUGCAAAAAUAUUCAGUGGAAAGAAAGAAAUUCUAAGCAAUCAGCCCAGGAGUUAAAGUCACUGUUUGAAAAAAAGUCCCUCAAAGAGAAACCGCCAAGUUCUGGAAAGCAGUCAAUAUUAUCUGUACGACUGGAGCAGUGCCCUCUGCAGCUGAAUAACCCCUUUAAUGAGUAUUCCAAGUUUGAUGGCAAGGGUCAUGUAGGCACGACAGCAACCAAGAAGAUCGACGUCUACCUCCCCCUGCACUCAAGCCAGGACAGGCUGCUGCCAAUGACUGUGGUGACAAUGGCCAGCGCCAGGGUGCAGGACUUGAUUGGGCUCAUCUGCUGGCAGUACACAAGUGAAGGACGGGAGCCGAAACUCAAUGACAAUGUCAGUGCCUACUGCCUGCAUAUUGCUGAGGAUGAUGGGGAGGUUGACACAGACUUUCCCCCACUGGAUUCCAACGAGCCCAUUCAUAAGUUUGGCUUCAGUACUUUGGCCCUGGUUGAAAAGUAUUCAUCUCCUGGUCUGACAUCCAAAGAGUCACUCUUUGUUCGAAUAAAUGCUGCUCAUGGAUUUUCCCUUAUUCAAGUGGACAACACAAAGGUCACCAUGAAAGAAAUCUUGCUUAAGGCAGUGAAGCGAAGAAAAGGAUCUCAGAAAAUUUCAGGCCCUCAGUACCGCCUAGAGAAGCAGAGUGAGCCCAAUGUCGCCGUCGACCUGGAGAGCACUUUGGAGAGCCAGAGCGCGUGGGAGUUCUGCCUGGUCCGCGAGAACAGUUCAAGGGCAGACGGAGUUUUUGAGGAGGAUUCACAAAUUGACAUAGCUACAGUACAGGAUAUGCUUAGCAGCCACCAUUACAAGUCAUUCAAAGUCAGCAUGAUCCACAGACUACGAUUCACAACUGAUGUCCAGUUAGGUAUCUCUGGAGACAAAAUAGAGAUAGACCCUGUUACGAAUCAGAAAGCCAGCACUAAGUUUUGGAUUAAGCAGAAACCCAUCUCAAUCGAUUCUGACCUGCUCUGUGCCUGUGACCUUGCUGAAGAAAAAAGCCCUAGUCACGCAAUAUUUAAACUCACGUAUCUAAGCAAUCACGACUACAAACACCUCUACUUUGAAUCUGACGCUGCUACUGUCAAUGAAAUUGUGCUCAAGGUUAACUACAUCCUGGAAUCACGAGCAAGCACUGCCCGGGCUGACUAUUUUGCUCAAAAACAAAGAAAACUGAACAGACGUACAAGCUUCAGCUUCCAGAAGGAGAAGAAAUCAGGGCAGCAAUGACACGGGCCUCCAGCCCCAAUCUGUCGCCAUAGCUCAGUGCCUGCCUGCCUGCCAGGGCCAGGUGGCCCUGGAGCCCACCUGAUGUCCUGCAUCCUCGGGGGCAGGCUGGCCCCUGGCGCAUGGGCACAAGGCUCGGGGGCUCUUGGGGAAUGCAGCUAGGGAUGCCUCCACGGGACUGAAGCCUGAGCGGCAGUGGCAUUAACAAACAGUGUCAGGGGGCCCGAUGACACACGACACAGACGACAGCCCAGCCAUCUUCACUGCCCGACGGCCCUGCCUGAGGAUGUACAUAGCCAUGCCCAUUUCCUUGCAACUUGAUCAAAUUUCUUAACAAAAAAAUGUACAUUUCUUUUUUUUUCCUUUUAAUAAACAGGUGUACUCUUUA